AAGGAAGCUAUGCGCGUAUUUUAACGUAUCUUCGCAGUUAGCGUUCCAUUUAAUGCCAUAAAAAUGAGUAUAUUGCUAGAUUAUUUCAGAAAACUAUUUAAUUUUUAAAAUAACAAUGGAUUUAAUCAGAUGCAUGUCUUUAAACGAGUUGUUGUUAAAGCCAGGUUUUCAAAACAUAGUGCAAGGAGUUCAUGCUCUCAAUUCUGCAAGAAACUCUCUUCGCGACUUGAUUAAAAUACAGUGGAAACAAUUCAUUGCUGCACUACCUACUACAGAGAAAGAGCAACUGGGUACAUUUAUCCGAUGUGUAAAUCAACAUGGUAUGAAACUAGACUUUGCAAACAUUAAUAACGAGGACCUUGGUUGUGGUCACAAAAACUGUGAAUUGCUUUACACCAGGCUAAGAAAACUUUCUUAUGUCACGGGAGAUAUAUCUGCUGAACAAGAUAGGGAAAGUUUAUUACAAGAAAAGCAACAUAAUUUUUCUAACACUGACAGCUGCUUUAGUUUUAUCUGGGAUUUGGCUCAUUGUUUCAUCGGUGUUAAAACACAGGACGUUAAACUACAUGGCCGAGAGAUGAAUGCUAGAACAUUAAUAAGACUUAUGAAAAAUUGCAAGAUGUUUGCAUUUAAAGAUUCUGAGAAAAUUUAUGGUCAGGUUUUAGAAGACAUAGAUAAAUUGAUAUAUGCAAAAGAGCUGCUCUUUUCAAACGAAGAUCGGGAAAUGUUGUUUGAUCAUUUGUUGGUACUUUUGAGGCGUUGGCAAAAUAAUUGCCAGUCGUGUUCAAAUGGUGUAGAAGAUAUAGAGAAGAUGCAGCAUAAUGAUGCUGAUUGUGAACCCUUCGAAUAUCAGUUUCUUGUGAAAAACGUUCUUGAAAUUAUAAAAAAUAUGUUGGAUGACAGCGAAAGUGAAAGUGACCUGCCUGAACAUAUCAAAAGCAGUGACGUGUUAUCUCUAAAGGAAUUUAUUUAUUCAUUACUUUUACAGGUGGAGGUAAUAACAAUUCGUUAA